AUGCUCGAUAUCAAAGGGUCCGCCGACUACCUCAGUCGGUCAGGCACCUUCACCAACUUCUCUAUGCUGUUCGCCGAUGCAUCUUACAAGAGUUCUUGGUCUACACACGCUUCAUCACAAGGUUCACAAGGCUAUGGCACCAACUCGCUAUCGGCUAUGUCGAAAUCGACACUUGACGCGCACACACAUCUGCGCCAACCAGAUCCAUAUCAGAUGUUUGGUCCCACAAGCAGUCGUCUAGCCAAUUCAGGGUCGGGACAAAUCCAAUUGUGGCAGUUCCUCCUUGAAUUGCUCAGCGAUUCGAGCAACGCCGGCUGCAUCACGUGGGAAGGCACCAACGGAGAGUUCAAGCUGACCGACCCCGACGAGGUGGCCAGGAGGUGGGGCGAGAGGAAGUCCAAGCCGAACAUGAACUAUGACAAACUCAGCCGCGCUUUGAGAUACUACUAUGACAAGAAUAUAAUGACGAAAGUACACGGAAAGCGAUACGCGUACAAGUUUGAUUUCCAAGGGCUGGCGGCUGCCACCCAGCCAACCGCCAGCGACCCCGCUUACAAGUACCAGAGCGACCUCUUCAUGAGCUCUUACCAUCAUUCAGCUAAGCUGUCCUCGUUCAUGGCUCCGCACGCGGCGAUGCCUACGUCCACAGCGUCGAUAUUCCCUUCAGCGUCAUGGAGCAACUGGGGCGGAGGGGGGAGCAACCUGUACUCGCCCCAUUCGAUGGCGCCCCCACACGUGACGUCACAUUUGGGCUCCUACCCACACUACGCA